AAUGGACCUAAGCUGGCUAGUAUCCGCCAUACUGAUCAGUAUCUUUGUGUCGUCGUCUGGUGAAAAGCGGCAUGUAAACUACUGUGUGCUGCCCUAUUGCGGCGUAAACAACCUGCCAUGCAACAAUAGAGCUCUUUAUAGCAAAAACUGUUCGCUGAAUGCCAGAACUAUUUCAAUGCCUCAGUACCGAAACGUAAUCCUGAAUCGGAUCAACGAGUUCCGUAACCUCACGGCCAGUGGCGGUCUGAAACUCCUCAAGGCCGCCGCCCGAAUGUCCCGAAUGAGCUACUCUCUGGAAUUAGAGGAAAUGGCCCGACUGAUGGUCAUCACCUGUGCCGGGGAAAAGUUUUGCGUCGGAACUCCCGAUUUCUAUUACGUGGGCAGCAUCUACGGGGGCUACAAGUACGAAGGCCGCUUAAACGAUUACGAAGAUCUGGAGCUAAUGAUGCGAAUGAUUGAGGAAUGGAUCAAGUAUUCAGCCGACAUCAACAUGAAAAUGGGGCUGUACAUGCCAGCUACACUGUCGAAUAGUAACAUCGCCAAGGCCGCCCUGCUGAUCACCGCCCGCAACACCCAUAUGGGAUGUGCUUCGUUGCGGUUCACAGUAUACGGCAUUCAUCAUUUUGUGUUUGUGUGUGCCUUCAGCACGGACCUCUUCGUGAAGAAGCCUCUUUACCGCCUGUCCUACAGACCGGCCAGUGCCUGCAAGGAGAAGGACAAAACUUACGUGGCUCUGUGCGCGGCGGGUGAAAACUACGGAAAUGAAAAGCACAAGCCUGGAGCAGUAGUCUUCGACCCACCUGCUGACAUAUCAAAAAUAAGAAGUACUUUAAUUCCAGCGUGAAAAAUUGUAAACUGGUAGAAGCACUUAUUUAAAAAUGUAGUUUAAGUUGAAAUAAUAGAAAGCGUUGCUUUUUUGUUUGGCUGUGAUGGCUAGACAGAAGUACACGCCCCGAGAUACCCAAACAAAA